AUGACCAUCACAAAGUUGCCUGCCAACUUAGAAGAAGUAGAGAGCGUCAAGAUCGAGUCCUCUAGCGAGAACCAGAUCACCGCGUUUGUCAACUUUCCCUCGACGUUCACCCAGAGUUUGAUCGAGGAGGCCCUCACUGCCGUCCUCCCCGACGUCCACAUCACUCACGAGCUGGGCAACACCCCACGGCUGCAAUGGGCCGACUACGACCUCAUGUCGUUUGACGAGGCGCGGCACGACCCUCGGUUCCUCAUCUCGUCCUAUGUGUACCGCAAGGCACUGAUCCGCAAGCACUUGCUCCACAACACUGCGACCGAGUAUCUCGCCAAAUGCCGGCACCGGGGGAUGAAGAGCGCGCUGUCCUUACCCCGCGGAUGGGUCCUUGACAUCCAGUUUGCCGACGAGCUCGACGAGGCACUCAUGGACGACCUUUAUGAGCUUGACGCCGCACUGGUGGCCAACGAGGAGAUGGAGGAGGACGAGCGCGAGUGGUUCAUCCUCAAGCCGGGGUUUGCGGAUAAGGGCCAGGGUAUCCGGAUGUUCUCGAGCGUAGAUGAGCUGCGCUCAAUCUUCGAGGAGUUUGAGCCGCCCUCGGACGACGAGGAUGAGGACGGAGACGAGGAGCCGCUGGGUAACAUCGGGGAAGAGGGCACGGCUAUUCUUACUUCGCAUAUGCGUCACUUUGUUAUCCAGGAGUACAUGCCGCAUCCGAUGCUGUUCGACGUGAACAAGGGCGGCAGUGUCGGACACAAGAUCCAUCUCCGUGCCCACGUCCUCGUGACCGGCGCGUACAACGUGUACCUGUCCCACGCGCUGUUCGUGCUCUUCGCUGGCGUGCCGUAUACCCAUCCCCGUGGUGAGGACCUCGACCUUCGUCCGCACCUCACGAACGUCUGUAUCCAGACGGGCCUGGCGCCGGGUAUCGUCCUGCCUCUCUGGGAUAUGGCCGGCGCGACGGGCCUCGCUCACACGCCCAAGGGCUAUGUCCCCGCGGGGACGGUUGACGCAGCCUGGCUCGAGGCCACGUUCGCCAAGGCCGGCGCGGUCAUCGCCGAAGCAGUACGCGCCGGCGCUGAAUGCGGGAGCUUCAACCUCCAGCUCAUGGAGAAUGCGUUUGAGCUCUUUGGUGUCGAUCUCCUCCUCUCCCAUCCUGCCCAGUCCUCGGGUCAGUCCACGGGGACCCUUCCGAUUCCCGACGUCACACUGCUCGAGUUCAACGCAAGCCCCGACGUCGUCAACAGUGGCGACGCGCUGCGGCCCAACCUCCUCGAGAUGUUUGAUGGUAUCGUGCGUAUCAGUAUCGCGCCGUUCUUCGGACGCGGGAAGGAGGACAUGGCGCUUGGUGAGGACAAGUGGGGUUGGCGCAAGGUUGGAAAGGGGGAGGUGCGUGCCAGUUUCGCGUAA